AUGAAAGUAAGUACACACUUUCUUCCAAUCCAAAAGAGUUAAUAUAAACCCAACACACUUCAUUUUUUCUCAGAAAAAAAAAAAUCAAAAAUCAAAAGAGAAAGAAAAGAUAGCCACUGGUUCUGUCUCUGUCUCUGUUCAUCUCUUGUUUGCUUCUAAAUUUGUUCCAUUGAAACUUUAAAUCGUGUCUCCCUUUGUUGUCUUCUUUUGAUCGGAGUGAGAUGGGUAUACCCUGUCGUUGUUCUCACACUUCUCAAUCUCACAUCACUGAAAUCAUCAUUACAAGCUUCUUUCGCCAUAAGUCUUAGAUUUUCAUUCAUAAUUCUACCUACCUAGCUACUUCGUAGCUAUUUAGUAGCAUGUUAACAUAAAAACAAACAAAUAUACUUUGUUGAAUUUAGCUUUUGUGAUAAUAUAUAUCUAUUUAUGGCGGGUGGAAGAGUUUUCACAAAUGCUCCUGCAAAUAAUAUUUCAAAUAUGAAUAUGUUGUUUCACAAUCAACAACAAAUUCCUCGUGCAAACAACACUUCUCAACAACCUCUUGAUUCUCUUUUCCUUUCUUCUUCUUCUUCCGUUCCUUUCUUCGGUUCAAGAUCUAUGGUGAGUUUUGAAGAUGUUCAAGGAGGGAAAAGGUGCAAUAGGUCUUUCUUCACCGGAUUUGACCUCGAUGAAAAUGGAGACGAUGAGAUGGAUGAGUACUUUCAUCAAUCGGAGAAGAAGCGGCGUCUCUCGGUGGAUCAAGUUCAAUUUCUUGAGAAAAGCUUUGAAGUUGAGAACAAGCUUGAACCAGAUAGGAAAAUCAAGAUAGCUAAAGACCUUGGUUUGCAGCCACGACAAGUUGCUAUUUGGUUUCAGAACCGCCGUGCAAGGUGGAAGACCAAACAGCUUGAGAAGGAUUAUGAAACUCUUAAUGAUAGCUAUGAGUCUCUUAAAACUGAUUAUGAUAACAUCCUCAAGGAGAAAGAGAGAUUACAAGCUGAGGUGGCAAGCCUAAGUGAAAAGGUACUUGCAAAAGAGAAAUUACAAGAGGGAAAAUUCAAACAAGGUGAAAGUGAAACAAAAGAAUUACUGCAAAAACCACUAAUGAAUUCAGUUUCUGAUGAGGGUGAAGGAUCCAAAUUGUCAAUUGUUGAAACUUGUAAUAAUAAUAAUAAUAACAAAAUUGAAGAUAUUAGUUCAGCAAGGAGUGACAUAUUGGAUUGUGACAGCCCACGUUACACGGAUGGAGUGUUGGAGACAUGUGAUUCAUCUUAUGUAUUUGAACAUGAAUAUCAAUCUGAUCUAUCAUCACAAGAUGAAGAAGACAAUUUAUUGCCUCCUUAUAACAUCUUUACAAAACUUGAAGAUGUUAAUUACUCCGACCCGCCACACGGUUCGUCUAGUUUUGGAUUUCAAGAGGAAGAUCAUCAUACUCUUUGGCCGUGGUCUAACUACUAGCUAUAUGGAUCGAUGUACGGUGAAUUUGACAGAAUCACAUUGAACUGCCUUAACUUUGCAAACCCGACCGUGAUACAAGAUAUAUUGGAUCCAUAUAUAUAUUUCCUUUUUUCUUUUCUUUUUUCUUGUAAUAUGCAUAUAUAUGUAUGUUUUGAUUAUGUUUAGUAUUUACUCUUUUUGUGAAGACUUUAAAAGUGAGUAAGAUAGUUGUGUUGUGUGCUUAAUAAAGUCAGAGCAAUGGCAAGUUGGCUCCAUUACAUUUCAUACUCGAAAUGGUUGAGAAAUGUCGGCUUUUGUACCACAUUUUGUUGCAUUGUAAAUUAAUGAAAUUUCGGUUCUAAUGUAUUUAAAAAAGAAUUAAUGUCUU